UGUCCGUUUUCUGAGAGCGCAUUUUUCAGUAGAUUAUCUCUCAGAUGUUUCCAGAAAGAAGCUUUACAAGGACCUUAUUUAUGUCAUGUGCCCUACACCGAUUUCUCGUUCAGCAUAUCAUUUAGGACAAGAGCGGAAUGUGCUGAAACGUGUAAAAGGUUUUCCUGUGAAGGCUUCAACAAAAACUUUCUUCUUUAUGUUACACUGCGGCACACUACCUGUCAAACCUUGGCUCCAGGAAAAAGGUAUCUUUGUGCCUGGGAGCGUCAACUGCAUCAUUUGUAAAAAGCCAGAGACAAUAGAGCAUAUUUUCUUGAAUUGCUGGGAUUCCAUAUUCUUAUGGGACAUCGUACAGAGAACUCCCAAAAAAGAUUUGCCAUCAACGCCUUUCCGGAUACGGUUUCUGCCUUUUGAGCAAACAGAGAUGGUGCCGUACGACCUAAUAAUGUUGUUGUGUAUGCACAGUCUCUGGAGGACGCGAAUGGCGGUCAGAAAUGCAGACCAAGUUGCACGACCAGCAAAAGAGUAUUUUGUUGAAAAUAUUGUAUAUGUACGUGACGCAUACAGAUCUUUAUGCGAGCCCCCAGAAUGGCUAUGGAUCUUUGACCACCUCACGACAACAAAAUACCUUUAACCAAGCUGUAUAAUGUGUAAUACAGCCGGUGUUUUUAUCGCCUCAUUUUAUUGUGAAUGUGGUUUUCCUUUGAUUUCAAAAUUGUGAAUUGAGUCAUUCCAUGUUUUUCUCGUAUUGUAUCGCUAACAGGCAAUAAAUAAAAAAAAAAGCAGCAGAGUGGCGCAGCGGAAGCGUGCUGUGCCCAGAACCCAGAGGUCCGUGGAUCGAAACCACACUCUGCUACAUGUUUCCUUUAUUUUAUUUUGCUCCCAUUUAACAGGAAGAGCUUAUCAGCGCAGUAAUUUGGUGUCUUAUAGACAUAAUUGCAGUCCGAGUAGUGCUCUCUUGUGCUGCGCGCUCGUGUUUCUCGGCCUAAAAAAAAAAAAAAAAGACUACUCUCGUUAAUUACAACUAUAAACAAAUUUACAUCGCAUGCAGGAGCAGCAGAGUGGCGCAGCGGAAGCGUGCUGGGCCCAGAACCCAAGAGGUCCGUGGAUCGAAACCACGCUCUGAUACAUGUUUCCUUUAUUUUAUUUUGCUCCCAUUUAACAGGAAGAGCUUAUCAGCGCAGUAAUUUGGUGUCUUAUAGACAUAAUUGCAGUCCGAGUAGUGCUCUCUUGUGCUGCGCGCUCGUGUUUCUCGGCCUAAAAAAAAAAAAAAAAAAAAGACUACUCUCGUUAAUUACAACUAUAAACAAAUUUACAUCGCAUGCAGGAGCAGCAGAGUGGCGCAGCGGAAGCGUGCUGGGCCCAUAACCCAGAGCUCCGUGGAUCGAAACCACACUCUGCUACUUGUUUCCUUUAUUUUAUUUUGCUCCCAUUUAACAGGAAGAGCUUAUCAGCGCAGUAAUUUGGUGUCUUAUAGACAUAAUUGCAGUCCGAGUAGUGCUCUCUUGUGCUGCGCGCUCGUGUUUCUCGGCCUAAAAAAAAAAAAAAAAAAAGACUACUCUCGUUAAUUCCAACUAUAAACAAAUUUACAUCGCAUGCAGGAGCAGCAGAGUGGCGCAGCGGAAGCGUGCUGGGCCCAGAACCCAAGAGGUCCGUGGAUCGAAACCACACUCUGAUACAUGUUUCCUUUAUAUUAUUUUGCUCCCAUUUAACAGGAAGAGCUUAUCAGCGCAGUAAUUUGGUGUCUUAUAGUCAUAAUUGCAGUCCGAGUAGUGCUCUCUUGUGCUGCGCGCUUGUGUUUCUCGCCCUAAAGAAAAAAAAAAGACUACUCUUGUUAAUUACAAAUAUAAACAAAUUUACAUCGCAUGCAGGAGCAACAGAGUGGCGCAGGAGAAAGAAGAAGACGGCGUUCCGAACGGUCACUUUUUUCAUGUUCUCCGCUCCAAAGGAUUUAUCGGCCCUUGGCCGAGGUGCUGCUCAGGCUUCAGCCAGCAGCAAUGACUACUGUGUUGUGAUACCUCGUAUUCCUACCGGUAAGCUGGUUGUGGACUCCGUUUUCCUGCAUGCUGACUUAAGUGGUCGACCGUACAGAGCCCAAGACUUCAGAGACGCCCUUCGGAACGUUAUUGACCUGAAGAAAAUAAGUUCCAUCGGACAAUUUCAGAUGUCGCACGUGUGGAUGGUGACGUGCAAAUCAGGGAUGACAAAAUCAAAGCUAGUCGCAUGCGGGGAAUUAUCCGUAAAAGGUAGACGCUGCGUCGUCAUUGAUCCUGAGCCCACGGAAGUUAAAAUGAAGCUUUUGUGGCUUCCUGAGCGUUUGGAAGAUGACUACAUUCGAGAUGCGCUCCAGGCUUACGGGAAAGUCAAGUCUAUAUCAGCAGAAAGCUGGAGAGUAUCGGAGAUGGAGCAAAUGCGUACGUUAAAUCGGGACGUGGUGUUGACUCUUGCCGAUGGAGUGAGCGUGGGAGACGUUCCACAUCUACUACCUGUUUGUGGGGUGCAGAGUCUCGUAUUAAUUCCAGGCCGGCCCCCACUUUGUCUGCGCUGUAACAAGGUGGGGCACAUUCGUCGAAACUGCAGAACCCCACGUUGUGAAACCUGCCGGCGCUUUGGCCACACAGCUGAAGAAUGUGUCGUAACAUACGCCGAUAAGUUACGACACAGAACAAAGCCUCCGGAUGAAAGCUUGCAAGAGCACAUAAUGGACGUUACGGAGGUUCUUGACGCGACGGGAGACGUGCCCUCUUCUGCGGAGACCCGCUGUGCCAGUAAGGCCCCUCUGCCUGUUAAAGACAGUCACAAUGGCAUCGCAGAACUGCCCGUACAAAAAGAAAGUAGCGAAGAGAAAGAUGACCAACCGAAGCAACAACCCAAAGGAGCACCCGCUACCACGGAGCCAGCUUCUGCCCAGCAAGCGAAUGAGGGAGCCGGAGGUGACUCAUCUGAUGCACCCAAGCAUCUGGACACGUGCGCUGAGCCGGCAGAGGACAGACGAAGUAACGCGGAUACUUCAGUUCCGAAGCGCCGUGCGACUAACAGAUCGGAAUCAAGCACAGACAGCGAGACGACCAGUACCACAAGAAAAGCACGUCGCCGCAAAACAUCGAAACACUCAGGAAAGUGCCGACGAUCACGGUCCAGAAGGCCAGGUGGGGUUUCGGAGGGAGCCUCACCGUUGCCCUCUAGGACUGAUCACAUAGAUCAUUAGGUCCAAAUAGUUGGUAGUCACCAUGGCCCUGUCCCAGCAACUUCUAUUCGCAACCUUGAACGUACGAGGCCUUAGGUCUUUGCAGAAACAGGCGCAGCUUCGCCGGCUUUUGUCUAGGAGGCGCCUCGACUUCGUCGCCGUGCAGGAGACGAAGAUUGAGAGUGACGACGAGACAGAAAGGGCUUUGCGACCUUUUCUGUCUGAGUAUAAUGUUUGCGUUUCACACGCUCUUGGUUUAUCCGCGGGCUGUUUCCUGUUUCUGAAAAAGAGCCUACUUUAUUCAGCAUUUAGUUAUCAUGUCGACACUGAAGGUCGAUAUAUAUGUUGUGAUUUUGUGUUGCAGGGUGUGCCAUGGCGCAUAGUCAACGUCUAUGCAUUUAAUGACGCUGCAAAACGAACUCUUUUAUUUGAUACUGUGUCUAGUCUAUUGGACUGUGAUCGCUGCAUUGUUUUAAUGGGAGAUUUCAA